UCGGCACCAAGUCUUAAGAGGUUCACUGAAGAUGUGGGGUGUGAGGGGGCAAGCGGGGUUGAACCGCUGACCUAUCGGACUGCAGCCGAUUGCUCUGCCACUGAGCUAUACCCCCGGCGGAACCGACUCCAACGGAUCUGUCUGGAUUCUUCGGGUUUUCAUUUAGUAUUUGAAAGUGUAUUUCUUAGUAAAUACUAUAUUUCAUUGUCGUCUCUCACUAAGAGAGAAGCAAUUACUGGAGGGUUAUGUGAAGUUUUAGAAGCUUUGGAAGCUUGUCUGCUCCACUGAAGCGCAGCGAAGCGAAGGUGGGAAUUUCCCACGCACCUGCUCUCGCUCCUACAUUUCGUUCGUCUUUCUCGCGGGCUUUCGAUUUGUGCUUCCGGUGGCGGCGUCGCUUUUGCGGCGUUUGACGCGGUAGGCUUUGUCGGAAUGGUGUUUGGGCUGACCAUGUUUUGGGGGGAUUUUGAUGGAAGAAGCGGAUGAUGUGGACCAAGAGUUGGUCGAGAUUUGAGUGAGCGUUGGGAUUGAGAUGCUGUUCGCGUUUUGUGAGGUGGGCUCAGAGCUCGGGCGAUUGAAUUAGUUUGGAAAAAUCGGAGGAUUUUCGGAUCGGAGUGUGUGAAUGUAGAGGAGCUCGUGCUCGUGCUCCUGCUUAUGCAAUGGCGUAUUAUUCGUAUUCUCCUGAUCUCAUGAAGCGUCUCAAGGAGGAGUUUGUUAGUAAUUUGGAGGGUACCACGAUGCGGGAGAUCGCCGCCAUGUCUGCAUUGUUUCCGGCAUUUUUGCUUCUGCGGCAGUGUUGGCCAGAAUCCUCAGUAUUGAAACCUGAGACGGGGAGCAGCGAAGAAGAUUCAAAAAGCAGUAUGAUACGAACUAAGUUCUGGAGGAGCAUUCUUUUGGAUUUUUUGGUGAUCGUUGUGCCCGCAGUGGCAUGCCUUACGGUUCUUGCUGAUUGGCUAUACACCAUUUUGCCUGUCACAUUUGGAUUACUUUUCCUUGUACUCGGUUCUAAAAGGUCGCAGUCAUCAUCUAUCAUUGGAACCCCAGUGGAGAAAAAUCGAAAUGCAACACGAAAGAUUUAUCUCUCAUCCUAUCGAUUUGUAAUGAUGUUGGUUACUUGUAUGACUAUUUUAGCAAUUGAUUUUACUGUAUUUCCGAGAAGGUACGGCAAAACAGAGACCUACGGAACAGGAUUGAUGGAUCUUGGUGUGGGCUCCUUUGUGGUGGCAAAUGCAUUAGUGUCACGUCAAGCGCGCAACCUCCCACCUUCUAAGUAUGGGGGUGUUCUACGGAAUACGAGUCCCUUGCUGCUGCUGGGAUUUAUUCGGCUUAUUGUGACGAAGGGUGUUGAUUACCAGGAACAUGUCGGCGAAUAUGGAGUUCACUGGAACUUUUUUUUCACCUUGGCAGGGGUUUCCCUGCUAACCUCUCUGAUCUCGAUUAAGUCGUCUUGGUGUGGACCUUUAGGCAUCACGAUCCUUGCAGGUUAUUGGGGUCUUUAUUUGAUCAGUGUCCAUCUAGGUUAUCUUCUCAAUUCCAAACAGACAAACGUUGUGCAGACUAUUUCUCCAUCUUCAAAUAUUGAGACGGAAAAGAAAGCAGUGACAUUGCGCCGGGGAGUCGUUGUUGGAAUCUGGGUUCUUGAUGUAUUUCUAUGGGUUUUAACUGUCUGGGCAGAUUACUUUGUGGAGAGAAUCUCUAGAAGAACGUGCAACUUGUCAUAUGUUUUGUUCGUGUUGGCUCAGAAUUUUGAGGUGAUAGGCAUUUUUAUGCUUGCUGAAGUAUUGGCCCCACUAAGAGAAAUUGCGAUUCUCAAUGUAUUUGAUCGCAACAUGCUGCCUACUUUUCUUCUGGCAAACCUGUUGACAGGAUUGGUCAACAUGAGCAUGUACACCAUCUUUGUGGCUCCAGCAAAGGCCGUUGUGGUUGUAAUGCUGUACGCAUUGACUUUAGUGGGUCUCAUGGGACUAGUCGACGUGAAAAAGCUGAAGCUCAAAUUUUGGUAGACUUAUUGACUACUUCCUAAAUGCUAGUAUGGUAUGCCCUCAUAUAUUUACUACUUUAUAUGGUAAGAUAUUCAUUUGCAGAGUGCUGUACUUUGAUUGGUGAAGCUCAUAAUCAAACGCUUGUAAAGUAAAUCGAACCCAUUAAAACAUGAGUUUAACGCU